ACAACGACAACAACAGACAAUCCAUACAAGGUGUUAUUUCAACGCGAGGUGAAGAGUGCAUCAAAUAUACCUGCUGUUUCAUUCAUUGACAAUGUAGAGGAAUAUAUGAAGGGCAAAGAGAUGGAGGAUGUAUUCAAGAUACUACAAGAAGGUCACAACAAAUACAAGUACUUUGAAUCAAAGCUGACAAACAACGUCAGUAUCCUCACCAACAGAGCCAAGCAAUUGGAUGAAACAAUCGAUAUAGUAAACAAGCUAGAGUCAAAGCAGGAUGAUACAUUCUCGAUGAACUAUGAACUGUCUGAAGGAGUGUACUCUUCAGCAGAGGUAUCAAAGCCAAAGUCUGUGUACUUGUGGCUGGGCGCUAAUGUGAUGUUGGAGUACUCGUUCGACGAGGCCAAGCAGGUGUUGAGCAACAACAAGAAAUCAGUGGACAAGCAGCUCAGAGACACAGUACAGGAUCUAGGCUUCAUCAAGGAUCAGAUCACUACCACAGACGUCAACAUUUCAAGAGUUUACAAUUACGAUGUGCUGCAGCGACGCAAGGCCAAGCAACAGCCACAA